GCCGGGCGCUGCGGGGAGCCGGGGCGAUGCUGGCGGCCGCGGCGCUGGGCUUGGCGGCGCUGGGCUGGGCGGCGGGGGCCCGGCUGCCCGGCGCAGUGGACGCGUCCCUCAGAAGAGGACAGACAGUUUGCCGGGGUGGAACACAGCGACCGUGCUACAAAACGGUUUAUUUUCAUGAUGCUUCACGCAGGGUCACCUACGAAGAAGCGCACCUUGCCUGCAGAGCUGAUGGUGGACACUUAGUCAGUAUUGAAACAGAAGCAGAGCAAGGACUGAUUCAAAAAUUUAUUGAGAGUCUCGUAGCUUCUGAUGGAGAUUUUUGGAUAGGGCUUAGGAGGAAAAAGGCAGAGGUAGACAACAGCACAGACUGUGAGAACCUCUAUGCCUGGACGGAUGGCAGCUCAUCCAAGUUCCGGAACUGGUAUGUAGAUGAGCCGUCCUGUGGGAGUGAAAUCUGUGUUGUGAUGUACCACCAGCCAUCUGCCCCACCAGGUGUUGGAGGUCCUUACAUGUUUCAAUGGAAUGACGACAGAUGCAACAUGAAAAAUAACUUCAUUUGCAAAUAUUCUCUUGAGAAGCCAACAACUGCUCCAAAAGAGAACUCUCCAAGAGAUGUCACAACAGAGCCCGUCAAUCCGGUGUUCCCAGAAGAACGCCAUAAGAAAGAUGCCAAUGUAACAGUUAAAGAAGCCAAAGAACCUGUUCAGAGUCUUGCCUACAUCCUCAUUCCCAGCAUUCCUGUGCUGCUUCUCCUGAUGGUCAUUACAGCCAUCUUCUGUUUUUGGAUUUUUGCAAAGAGGAGACGGGAACAAAUGGAAGCAAGCCCAAAGGAGGAAGAUGCCUGGCUCUCUAACCACAGGAGGAACAGUCCAAAUCUGGAGAUUUACAAAGUAAUCAAGAAGCAAUCUGAAGCAGAUCUGGCUGGAACCAGGCCUGACAUUAAGAAUUCUUCCUUCCGCACACAAGAAGAGAAGGUGCUCGACAGCCUCUCCAGGGAUUAUGAUGAUGUGGCAAUGAAUACGUCGAGCGGCUUUGUGACAUUGGCUAGUACUGAAAGCGGCUUUGUGACCAAUGAUAUCUAUGAACUGUGUGGAGAUCGUGUGGGGAGGAGCAAGGAAUCAGCCUGGGUGGAGAAUGAGAUUUAUGGAUAUUAAGGAAAUGGACAAAAAAGCCUGAAAUGUGGAUGACAAAGCGAAAUGUCAACACAAGUUAACCUGCCCUCCCCAUGCACUUGUUUGAAAGAUAGCAUAUGGGAGGUUUGCAGGUUUGCAUCAUCCCUGUAUUCUUCUUUUUCUCUGAAAGAAUAUGGGUUUUAAAGAUCUAAACUGGAAAGUAUUUAUAUAUCUUGCUCUGCAUCAAACCCCCAUUUUGCCCCAGCAGUAGCUCAAGUCUUGAUUACUUCUUGCACUCCAAAGAAGGAAGUAUUAAUGUCCUUGAAAUUAAAGAACAAUACGAAAUACCUAUUUAUUUAAACUGACCUGCUCAUCUUCAGAGGCACUGAAAGUCAAAAGUCAAUCACUGGGCACACUUUCUUUUGUCCUAGGCGUCCCAAAGGAAGCUGCCGUGGUUGCAGGGUGGUCAUUUUUCCUACGCCAGCCUGUCCCAGCUGUGUGGCUUCCCUAUGACGCUGGCAGGCACUUCACUAGGAGAGUACUGUGCUUUCUACUCCUUUCCCUCCUAGUUCUUACUUCCAAGGUAGCGUGUAUGAGUCGCAGCAUGGAACAGUGUUACUUGCACCUUUAAGCUGGUUUUUAAAGAAUCUCAGUAAGUGCAAGAACCUCCGUAAGUGCAAGUAAGUAAGUGCAAGUGUCCCCUCGCUUAUCCUGGAAAAAGGAAUUGCAAAGCAAGCAACAGGGGACUUCACUCUAAAGCUGAAGGAAGAGAAUGUUAUACUCCAAAGCUUUCCGGUCUUGGAAAUUGCUAUUGGAAACUACCGCAGUCUACUUAGCUGUCCAGAGAGGUGCUAAUUUGACCUAAGUGACAAAUAGCAGUUCCUUUCUUGUAGAAGGAAUAGCCCGUUGGAGGGUUUUUUUCCUCCUUGGGCCUGAGACCUAUACUGAAUUCCCCAAAGACUGACAUCCUGAUGUUAAUUUCCACAGAGAUAGUUUUUCAAGAGGUAGGUGAGCAUAAGAAACUGGAUUAAAAGUAGUAUUUUGACAGGCAAACUACAGUAUGGUGCUAAUCAGUUAUAGUAAGCUGUUGUCUAUUUACAGGGGCUUCAUGUAUUCCAGUAUGUAGAUUAAAAAAGUAUCAAGGGGAGGUACUGAGGAGAUGGUUCAUGAAAUUCCCACGUGAAGUGGGAGAAGGAAUGAUAUCUUAUUUUAACAUAGUUUUCAAGGCAUUGUUUUGAAGCCACAUUAGAUAUCUAUUUUCCAAACAUUUAAAGGAGUAGAAAUGAAUGAUGAGAGGGUAUAGCUGUCAUAUAACUAAACAUAAAUUCAGGUGAUGAAUGAAAUGAGAAUUUUCCUGAAAAAAGUUAAAAAAUUUUCAAAUCAAAUAUUAAUAUUCAGUGCAUUAGGAAGAAGACAUACCAGCAUCUCCCAUACAGGCUUGUAAUUUGUGAUGCCACGUAGUAAAGAGCAUCACUGUAUAUGUUUGAGAAGAAAGGCUGUGAAUGGGGGCUGAGGAGCAGUGCUGACAAAUCUGGGGCCAUAAUUAACUUGUUUUUGGUGAGGUCUUUUUGACGUGUUUUGUUCACGAGACACGGUCAGAUCAAUGUUUGUGUCUCAGAAGUAAGGCCUUAUUACAACAAUCUCCACAGGAACUUGCAGCUAACUCCUGUGGCGAAGUCAUUUGUCAGUGCAGCGAAGUAGGAGUUUGGAUAAAAACAUAGAUUCAACUCAAUGUACUGAGCCAAAUAUAUUCAAGGCAAAAUCCCAUGUGCUACUGGGUAUGGGCUUGCUUUAGCUGAAUGCCACUGUAAAAGUUAGCCUGUGGGAAGCUGGAAGUACGUGCAAUUUUCAAGGCUUUUGGAAAGAAUGGGAAGGGAAUUCAGAUGUAUCAAACAAGCACAGUAGUUGCAUAAAGGACUAAAGGCUAAACCACAACAGCCAAUUUGGCGCCCAACGUGGGGCACGAAGGGUUGAGAUAUCGACAGAUUUGACCCGAGUGUGUUAAACUAAAAUUGGUAUAAGUAUUCGACCUGCUUAAUAGUUGCUAGUCACAAUGUUGAUUGCUUUCAUCUCAAGUCUGCUGUACCUGUUUCCCAGAUUGAGUUUUAUAGCAAGUUACUUUCUGUAUGUGCUCCCUGUCAUGCUGUUUAUCCUUUCCGGGCCCUGGUUCAAGAUUGUUAUGGUACUGUGCGGUGUAACGAUGGCUUAUGAAAUGAUGAGAUAUCUGGUCAUGACUCUAACCUGGUAUUUGUACUCAGCACUGUCGUCGACUCUAUACUUCGGAAACCAUAUCUCAGAAACUAUUAGCAAUUACACCUAUUGCCUUUUUUCAUCAGGGAGUCAAUCUCUGGAGGGGACAGGGGAAGAUAUUUUCUCCUACCUGUUCACUCUCCCUUCCUCCUUCACCACCCUCUUAUCCCCCGAGCUAGUUACGGUAGCUCUCCAAGAUGUUGAAUAUCCUUGGGAUACUCAGACCAGCAUGUUCUUGUUGUUAUGUCUCCUGAAUGCGCUUCAGGUUUUGUUUAAGGUUAAACAACUACUUAGGAAUCUCAUCCGGAGAUCUGUCUUGAGGCGGGAUAUUUGCGAGUGGCAGGGAGUGUGGGA